CUUCUCCUCCCCUUUCAGUUAGCGUGGCCAAUCGCCACUCCCUGUGAAAUGGUUUCGGCCAAUCGGCGUCUGCUUUCCAACGCUAGGCAAAAUGGCGUCGUCGUGAGCGGGCCGGGUUGGGAAAGAAGCGCAGCCGUGAGGAUCUUACAUGGCGAGUAAGCGGCGGAAGGCGGCAGCAACAGCGGUAACGGGCGCAGACGAGCGUCUCUCCAAGAGUGCGGUUAAGCGGAGCAGUAGACGGGGAGCUGCGGAGGGCGCCCAAGAUGGAGAGAGUCCCCGCGGCGGCCACAAAGCGGAGGGUGAGGACCCUGGGGAGCUUCUCGUUUUCCCUCGGAUCCCUCGAGAAACAUGUUCCUGUAAGACUCCAAAAAGAACAGUGCAUGCCAGAUCACGUUUGCCUACUUUCGGUUCUCCUGCAAAUGAAACUGAUAUACAGCAAGAGAUCUUCUGGGAUCCUCAGUCACCAGUUACAUACAAGCUAGGCAAGGAAAGAAUGAAGCAGAAGGCUAGUAGGCGUACGGUUGAGAUUUCAGAAAUUGUUAAUCGCAUUGCUCCUCAGGAUGAAAAACGUGCCUGCUCUGAAGAAUCUCUUCUUGGGCUGUGGAUUGGCGAAGAUGCAAUUCCAUGUACUCCCGGAGUAGCAAAAGUACGAUCUAGAAUGAAUGUAAAUGGUGCAAGAGGCCUUCAGUUAAAAAACAGAGAAGAGGAGCUUAUAAAGUUGGCGAAGGAAUUUGAUAAAAACAUGACUGAUGCAAUCCAGGAUCAAAGUGCUCCAUGCCAUAAUGUCCACAUUACAUCAGAGACAAUGGUGUCAGUUGACCGUCGAGAUGAAGCACAAGUGGGAAAUCAACAGCAGUUCCUUGGAGAACCGCUCCAGACGGAUAUUGCCUUGCCCUUUGGAGUUGUUAAAGAGAGUGCUGGGAGAGUUCAUUGUGAAAACAGCAGUCAGACGUCUAUAGACCUUGAUGCUGAAGGAGCACUUAAUGCCCUCUUUGAUGGCCCUACCCAGAAAUGUAGUCAUCAGCUGAGCCAAGGCCUGUCAAAUUGUUCCUCAAAUGAUAGUUUUCAUGAAAACCAGCCCACCUUGCUGGAAGAAGAGCACCCUCCAGAUGAAAUGACAGCUGCUACUGAAUCUGUAGUUGAAGAUGCACAUCAAAGACAAGAUUCAGCACCUGCUGUAGAACGUCUGGAACACAUCCCAGCUGAAAAAGUUAAAACGGUUUCUGAACGAACAAUUCUAAGUGCAGCCUCCUCUAAGAUAGAAUCGGUUGUCUCAGUGAAGCUUGAUGGAGUUGUCUGUGAUGAUUUUGAUGACUGGGGUGCUGAUUUGUUGCCAGAUGACUCAUUUUUAAUGCAGAUUACUCAGAACCCUGAGCUGAUAAGCACUCCACAAAAUGCUUUAGCUCAUACUUCUAACGAAAACCAUGAAACAAAGGAAAGAACGAUAGAUUCUGAAAAACGCUACAAUGCCCAGCAUAUAUUUUUAAAUUCCUCUAACAAUGUUCCAGCAUCACAUGCUGCUCAAAAACGAAGCAUUAGGAUAGGGAAGACAAAGUCUGUUCUUCUGCAUGAUGAUUAUCAUUUGGAAACAUAUAAAAUAAAUUCUGUUUCUAAAAGCAGCCAAAACAAAGUUUCUGUUUCAGUGAAACCUGAACAGGAGAGUGUACGGGAAAGCUUUACUCGACUUAAACGUGCCACCAGCACCCAUUUUCCUGAAAAAAGAGCUGCUUCUAUUGAGGUACCUUCUAAUGUCCCUAUAUUAUGGAUUGAACAGCGCAGAAAUGAAGUGCACAGUAUUUGCCAUCAGUCACCCACUGUUUCCGCCAAUACACGGCUGCGUAACCCAAAGAAAGUGGCUAACCAAGCCAGUACAGGUCAUCUAAAGCAGGCAGAAGUGCCAAAGAAAAGUGUGCCUUUGUUUGAUGACUGGAAUGAGCCUAGGUUCUCAGACGAAGUUUUAGACUUGUUUUGUGAAUCCGACAGUCUUUGGGAUACAAACUGCGAUGAUGACGACUUACUUUAUCAAGUCUGUGGGGAUGUUGAAAAACGUAGCCUGAGCCCAGAUGUGGCAAAAGAGAAUGAAAAAGCUAAAUUGGUGGUAGGAAGUACUUCUAAAUUGGAGGUCUUUCCUUGCCUCUCAGUACCCAUGCAAGGACUUUCUAAUUACCCACAUUCUCAAAAGAGCCACAUGGGCAGGAAAACCUUCUCAUUGGAUGCUCCUGUUACAGUUCCAACAUUGCUGAAGAGUGAGAGCUCUGCAAAUACUUCUGUACAGCAUAGACGGGCACAGUUUAACACUGACAGCAUAAACAGUGUCCCGGGGAAACUUUAUAGGUCACAUUCGGUGCCUGAAGGUAGCUGUGCUUCUGUUACUGCCUCACCCACUCUCUCGAAUGUAUGUCUGAAUGUUAAUAAUAUACAGCGGCAGAACGGCCUUUGCAAUGUGAGCAAGAUACAGAAUAACAGCAUUUUUCAUCAAGUGUCGGCUGAAAAAUCAAAAUAUAUGUUCAGAAAGACCAAUAAUUCCCAAGCCCUAGUUGUGGACCAUAAAAAUGUAAAUGUAGGCAACCUUUCAAGAACGAAUGUGGGGUUGGGAGAAAGCAAGAAUCCACCAAAUGUCUUGUUGCAGACAUCAAAACAAUUGAACACAAAGCCAGCCUUUAAGAGGCACCUCUCUGAUUGUUUUUCACAGUCUGAAACAGAAGAGAAAAGCAGAAAGUGUUCUCAAGAAGAAAUUGCAAGGAAAAAGCAAGAAGCUCUUGAGCGGAGAAAAUGUAAAACUCAAGCAUUGCUCAAAAACACAGCACCUACUUGAGUGUGGUUGGCAGAUUUGGAUGUAGAGGAGUCAUUAGAAGCUGGGCAGCAGAAUCAUCAAGACACUAUUUUGCAAUUUUGCCUAUCCUUCCUCUUGCUGUGACUAGAUUCUUCUGUGAAAUACCGGUAUUGACCAAGACGAAAGAAGCUGCUUGGGGUUUUUUGAGUUUUGAAACACUAUUGUGUACAAGUGUGAAUGGUUUUUCCUGGUACUAAAUUACCAGUCUGUAAUCCAGCAUCUGGCUCACUGUGAUGUUAAUUCCUUAAUUCAUAUACAAUAUGAUUGGCAUCAACUGUUUCAUGCCAAAGAUAAUACUGUGGCAGUUUUUACUUGGGAAUGUGUGAGAAGUCAAAACAUCUCAAGAUAUUUUAAUUUAAUAGGUUUAUUGUGUAACUCCCAGUACAAAGUGGUUCUCAUAAUUUUCAGUCCAUAUGCCAUUUACUCCAGGGCUAUUGAUGACAUAGUUCCAAAUUGAACAGUUUUCUGAAUGUGGUAUAGAAUGAAUGCAAAACUGUCAUGUUAAACCUAGACAUCAAUUCAUAGCCUAGGACCAUUUUUAUUUUUGUAUUGUCACAGCAGUACAAAAAGCCUCUUUUUUUUUUUUAACUCCAGAGGAGGGUUUUCUUAAGAUUUAUUUAUCUUUGUAAAUGAUGUACACUUUGUAAAUUGUGAUUAAAAUUGCUGCUGCUUCUAUGACAAUACCCUUUUUGGAUUUGCAGUUGGGGAACUGUGCUAGAAUGGAAUCCUUGCCUCUUUUCACGUGAACAAGCAACAGCAUCCUCCCUGGUAUGGGACCUGCUUCAUACAGCAAGCUGUUUGUAUACAGUGGCUUGUCCUAUAGAUCAACCCCUACAGCACAAAUGGGGAACCUGUGGCCUUCCACGUGAAGCUGGAGUCCACAACUGCCAUCGUCACUGGCCAUUGGCCAUGAUGACCGAGGCUGAUGGUAGCUGGAGUGCAACAUCUGGAGGACUACCGGUUCCCCAUCUCCACAGUGAAGCAUACCAGCACCAAGAAUGUUUAACAAUAGAAUGGCUUCCUUGUUAUUGUCCAUUGGUUUGUGUGAUGUGGACUUUAUGUAGAAGAAAAUAUUGUGGCAUUAUUCCCUCUUUCUGGGUUGGGUAGGGAAUGCUGGAGGCCUUCUAGCCUGUUCAGUGGAGCUUAGAAACCCAAAGAAAGUUUACAGAGUGAUUAGGGGGGGGGCUCUUUUGAAGCUAAGCUGUAACUAUUGAGAAUGGGGAAUGGCCAGGCUUAAUAGCCUAACACAGGAGUGGGGAACCUGUGGCCCUCCAGAUGUUGCUGGGCUACAGCUCCCAUCACCCCUGGCCAUUGGCCAUGCUGGCUGGGGCUGAUGGGAAUUGGAAUCCCAACAACAUCUGGACAGGGCCAAAGGGUCUCUACCCCUGGCCUAAUACCUUGAGUAGUAGCUUCUACCUAAGCCAGUUAGGUCCUGACCUGCUGGAGGAGGACAGCCUAUAGGAGCCUAGCAUAGGUGGAGAAGAAGAACCAUAAAUGACCUCAAGCUUUGCAGCAGCAGGUUUCAAACCUGUUAGAAAUAAUAUUGAGGUGUAAAAUGGAAAGUCUCAAACACUGCCGCUUGUACCUCAUAGUCAUUUGUUUACCUUUCCUGUUGGCUAAUGGACACCUCGUUAGAUGGCUACAUCUUAAACGGAGCUUCAUGGUCCUCUGCUGUCUCAAUGAGAUGGUAAUCCUUCCUCUCAGCUGUGUCACUUUCUGCUGCUGGUGGGGAAAGGGGAAUCCUGUACUUCUGUCGAAAGCAAAACUUCCCCUCUAUAUGAAAAACUACCUGUCAGAAGGAUUGUAACUGAUCGUUCUUCUUGAGACUCUAGUUUUCUGUGUGCAGAGAGCUUGCUGCUGUUUUUAUGGGGCAGGUUUCUGGCCUCGUUUCUGGAAAUAACACUGCCUUCACAGUGGUGGAGAUCUUUGGAGGUGGACUUCCCUGUGCAGGUGACGAGAUUCACAGGAUCCUUUGGCCCUGCAGCAGCACUCCCAGCAAGAGCAGGAUUUCUCAUUGUAAUACUGAGGUGCGUGGAGUUAAAUCAGCUUAAAUUGUUCUUUAUUGUUUACAGAAAGGUUUUUUAAUUUUUCAAUUAACCUCCCCCCCACCCUCUUCAAUUAUACAGUUGCCAAUGUAGGACAUACAUCAAG